AUGGCAGCUGGGGCAGUCAGAUGUACAGUUGCUUGCACUGAGGAUUGCAGCUCAAAUAAUGCAACUGCAGAACCAGCAACCAGUAGUAAUGAUAAUUUAUCCAUAAACUCUGCCAGUGGGAACAGAACCUCUGCAGAUGGAAGAGUGGUCGGGGCUGCAUCACUAGCUGAUGAGACAAGAGAAUCCAGCCUGAUUUAUAACCUCACAGCAGAAUCCAUUGGUGUGAAUUCUGUCAUCUUAAAAUGGAUGGUGAAUAAAAGUGGUGAUGGCCAAUACACAUACAGGAUAGAGGGUUUAAAUUGUACAGAUAAUACAGCUCUGAAGAAUGAGACCAGUGAACCCAGAGCAGAAAUUACUGGGUUAAUCCCUGGGACACUGUACAACUUCACAGUAUUUGCUGUAGUAGCAGCUACAAGUGAUACAGAAGGAGACGGAAGUCCCAUAGACCUGUAUACAACAUCUAAUAAAACCAAAGCAGAAAUUACUGACUUAAUCCCUGGGACACUGUACAACUUCACGGUAUUUGCUGUAGCAGCUGAUAAUAAGACUGAAGGAGAAGGAGAGUCCAGAAAACUGUAUACAAGGCCCAGCCGGGUUCUUGAUCUCGAGGCAGAAUCCAUUGGUGUGACUUCUGUCACCUUAAAAUGGGUGGUGAAUGACAGCGCUGCUGACACCUACACGUACAGGAUAGAGGUUGUCAAUGGUACAUUUGUGAAGAAUGUGACAUUCAAUGAAACCAAAGCAGAAAUUACUGGGUUAAUCCCUGGGACACUCUACAACUUCACAGUAUUUGCUGUAGUAGCAGCUGAUAAUGAGACAGAAGGAGAGGGAAGUCCCAUAGACCUGUAUACAAGGCCCAGUCGGGUUCUUGAUCUUGAGGCAGAAUCCAUUGGUGUGAAUUCUGUCACCUUAAAAUGGGUGGUGAAUGACAGCGCUGCUGACACCUACACGUACAGGAUAGAGGUUGUCAAUGGUACAUUUGUGAAGAAUGUGCCAUCCAAUAAAACCAAAGCAGAAAUUACUGGGUUAAUCCCUGGGACACACUACAACUUCACAGUAUUUGCUGUAGCAGCUGAUAAUGAGACAGAAGGAGAGGGAAGUCUCAAAGACCUGUAUACAAGGCCCAGCCAAGUUCAUGAUCUCAAGGCAGAAUCCAUUGGUGUGAAUUCUGUCACCUUAAAAUGGAUGGUGAAUGACAGCGCUGCUGGCAACUACACGUACAGGAUAGAGGUUGUCAAUGGUACAUUUGUGAAGAAUGUGACAUUCAAUGAACCCAAAGCAGAUAUUGAUUGGUUAAUCCCUGGGACACACUACAACUUCACAGUAUUUGCUGUAGCAGCUGAUAAUGAGACAGAAGGAGAGGGAAGUCCCAUAGACCUGUAUACUAGGCCCAGCCAAGUUCAUGAUCUCAAGGCAGAAUCCAUUGGUGUGAAUUCUGUCACCUUAAAAUGGGAGGUGAAUGACAGCGCUGCUGACAACUACACGUACAGGAUAGAGGUUGUCAAUGGUACAUUUGUGAAGAAUGUGACAUUCAAUGAAACCAGAGCAAAAAUUACUGACUUAAUCCCUGGGACACUCUACAACUUCACAGUAUUUGCUGUAGUAGCAGCUGAUAAUGAGACAGAAGGAGAGGGAAGUCCCAUAGACCUGUAUACAAGGCCCAGUCAAGUUCAUGAUCUUGAGGCAGAAUCCAUUGGUGUGAAUUCUGUCACCUUAAAAUGGGAGGUGAAUGACAGCGCUGCUGACACCUACACGUACAGGAUAGAGGUUGUCAAUGGUACAUUUGUGAAGAAUGUGCCAUCUAAUAAAACCAGAGCAGAAAUUACUGGGUUAAUCCCUGGGACACCGUACAACUUCACAGUAUUUGCUGUAGCAGCUGAUAAUAAGACUGAAGGAGAAGGAGAGUCCAGAAAUCUGUAUACAAGGACCAGCAAAGUUCUUGAUCUCGAGGCAGAAUCCAUUGGUGUGAAUUCUGUCACCUUAAAAUGGGUGGUGAAUGACAGCGCUGCUGACACCUACACGUACAGGAUAGAGGUUGUCAAGUGACAUCUAAUAAAACCAAAGCAGAAAUUACUGACUUAAUCCCUGGGACACUGUACAACUUCACGGUAUUUGCUGUAGCAGCUGAUAAUAAGACAGAAGGAGAAGGAGUGUCCAUAGACCGGUAUACAUUUCCUGUCUCAGUGGAUUCACUUGAGUGUGAGCCAGUGGCCAAGCAGCCUUGCCUAAUGCUGAAGUGGAAAUGUCCUUCUGGUAACAACUCUGGCUUCAGUAUCAAAAUAUAUAAUAUAAGUACUUCUGAGGUAGUGAGAGAAGACACGGCUCCACGCUGCACGGGAGAAGGCGUCGAGCAAAACCUCACAAUAGAAUUAUUAAGUUUUUUCAGCACCUAUAAUGUUAAUAUUAGGACUCUUCAAAAUGGCUCUGCAAGCUCUGCAGUGGACAACUUGUGUCACACCAGCAUUACUGACCCACCUCCUCCAAACGAAGUUCCUUCAGUCAAGGCCGUCAGUCACAGCUCUUUGUCUGUUGAAUUCUCUGAUUUUGAUUCACUGAAUGGUCCAUUGGAAGCCUAUGCAAUAAUGAUUACAACAGAAGAUCAAAGUUCUGAGUCUUUGAAGUCUAAGUUGAACAACACAUACAAAGAUUUCAAGAAGAAGACAACAACUGCCUAUGUUACAUAUGUCAUAAAAGCAGAGCAGGCAGAUUCACGUUCUUCCCGUUCUCAGAGUGAUAAAAACAUCAUCAAUGUAGGCAAGGGAAACACAAUGUAUGGCUACGAAAACGGACCAUUGAUCCCUCUUCGUUCAUACAGGGCGUGUGUUGCCGGUUUCACUAACAUAAUCUUUUCGGAUGAUGUGAUUGAGGGGGAAGACAGUUAUGUAUCAUUUUCACCCUGCUCUGAACCAGUCUUACUGCCCCAGGAUCCAGGUAUUAUUGCAGGAGUGGUUAUUGGAUGCCUCUUGGCUAUCUUGGCUGUAGUUGCUGUAGGGGGAUUCAUAUUCUGGAGAAGGAGAAGGAAAGAUAAAAGAAAUACUGAAGUGUCUUUUUCUCCAAUUAAAAUCAAGAAAUCAAAAAUGAUUAAAGUGGAGAACUUUGAGUCAUACUUUAAGAAGCAGCAAGCUGACUCCAACUGUGGUUUUGCUGAAGAGUAUGAGGAACUCAAGUCUGCUGGUGUUCAUCAGCCCAAAUUUGCUGCUGAACUUCCUGAGAACAGGGGGAAAAAUAGAUACAACAACGUCCUACCAUAUGAUAUUUCUCGUGUUAAACUUUCAAAUCAAAGCUCUGGAACUGACUAUAUUAAUGCAAACUAUAUGCCUGGCUAUAAUUCAAAGAAGGCAUUUAUUGCUGCACAGGGUCCAUUACCCAAUACUAUAGAAGACUUCUGGCAAAUGAUUUGGGAAAAGAGUAUCUAUUCAAUUGUUAUGUUGACAAAAUGUGUGGAACAAGCCCGGACAAAAUGUGAGCAGUACUGGCCAGACAAACAACCCAAGAGCUAUGGUGACAUUAUUGUGACAAUGGUCUCAGAAGUUGUCCUUCCAGAAUGGACAAUAAGGGACUUCACUGUAGAAAAGUCCAACACCCCCGAGAGCCACACAGUGCGCCAGUUCCAUUUCACCUCCUGGCCAGAUCAUGGCGUGCCAGAGACAACAGACCUUCUCAUCAACUUCAGGCACCUUGUCCAUGAGUACAACAGCCAGAAUCCAGUGGACUCUCCCACUCUGGUGCACUGCAGCGCCGGCGUCGGGAGGACGGGGACGUUCAUCGCCAUCGACCGCCUGAUCCAGCAGAUGGAGAUGGAGAACACCGUGGAUGUGUACGGAGUGGUGUACGACCUCCGCAUGCACCGGCCCCUCAUGGUGCAGACUGAGGACCAGUACGUCUUCCUAAACCAGUGUGUCAUGGAUAUUAUUAAAUCCCAGAGGGAGAGGAAAACGGACCUUAUCUACCAAAAUGUGACAGCAAUGGCAAUCUAUGAAAACUUCCCACCAGGGCCAGCUUUUGGGAAAGCCAAUGGCUACCAUGCAUAGUCCAGAAGGAACCCAGUGCCUCCAUCCAGGACAUGUUGCCUGCCCAUUGGAGAGGGAGGUGUCCGACUCGUGUUUUCUGGGAUUGUGUGCUGUGUCUCAUGUCUGGCUUCUCCAGUUCUGUCUGCAUUCAAAGGUGUGAUCUACAGGAGGAAAAACACAAUGCUGGCAGGAGUUGUAGACUCAUAUUAAAAAAACCCAAACAACAAAACCGAAGCAAAACUUUUUAAAGUUAACAGAGGAAUCUUGUUUUUUCUUGGGAAUUUAACAGUACUGAUAGGUGAAAUAGCAUUUGCCGUAUGAACAGUGAACUAGAGUUUAAAUGUUAAAAUAAUAACACAAGCUUUUUAUUACAAUUUUAUAUGAUUUCAUUUAUAGACACCAGGCUGGUGGGUUGUUUUAAUAUAUUUAAUUAUAAGUUUCAGGAACAUAUUUUAUCUACUGUAUCUGGUUACUUAGUUAAUAGAUAUGUGCCUCUGUGAUCUA